AUGGUGGUUGGAUCUUUAUACUUACCUAAGGACAAUCCAAACAAGCCUUUAGGUGAAGAUGCAGACUGGGCACUAAAGGGGAUUGACGCUGGAAUAUACGCGAGAGAGCUUAUGAAAGGUGAUCAUGUGAACCCUAAAAGGGUUCUUGAAGAAGCAUACAAAAACACAAAUUCAAAAGGAUCGUCUAUCGCUUGUAUUAUAACUCUUAACUCGGUGAAAAAUACUAUUGUUGUUGCUAAUGUAGGUGAUAGUGGAUUUUUACUAAUUAUAAAAGGAAAAAUUAUACACAAGUCGCCAAUACAACAACGAGAAUUUGGAUGUCCGUAUCAAUUGGGAAAUUGCAAUUCAGAUAGUCAUAAUGUUGCUCAGGAGAUGGAAUUAAACGUUGAGAAAGAUGAUAUUUUGAUAGUUGGGACGGAUGGGAUGCUCGAUAAUAUAUUUGAAAGUGAGAUAGAGGAAACUGUUCGAAGGGCGAUCGAUGAGAAGUUGAAGGCAGAGGAGUUGGCUAGUCAAAACAUUGCUUUGUAG